AUGACGUCAUCAUGCCGGAUCUGGAUGAAAAACUGGAAAAGGAGAUACUUCAUGCUGGAUGACAAUACACUGAGCUACUUCAAAUCAGACAUGGAGCGGGAGCCGUUACGCGUUAUUCCUUUGAAAGAAGUCAACAAGGUGCAGGAGUGUAAACAAAGUGACUUGAUGAUGAGGGACAAUCUUUUUGAACUGGUUACUACCUCAAGAACUUUCUACAUUCAGUCGGACAGCCCAGAGGAGAUGCACGGCUGGAUCAAGGCUAUCUCUGGGGCCAUAGUGGCCCAACGGGGUCCUGGACGCUCAGCAGCCUCUAUGCGUCAGGCCAGGCGGCUCUCAAACCCUUGUAUACAGAGGAGCACGCUGAACGAACCUCAAUCUUCUACUCCAACGAACAGAGUCUCUCAACUCCUCGCUCACCCCUCCCCACCGGACUCCAUUACCCAGAAUGUUGUUCCCCCUCGGGCCCUCAGCAUGGCGUGGGAGGGGCCAGACCUGAACAACCUGAGGCCGGGGCCACAAGCGCGCCUGUCGCUCCAGGAGUCGCCCCAAAUCUUCUUCAAGUAAACGCUGACAACUCGUCGCCAUGGCAACUGAGAAGUGGCAUAGCCCAGCCUCCGGAUUGCCCAAAAGAUGAAGA